UCGGAUCGGCCGGGUCACCUUGGCACCGCGCGGGGGUCCCCGCCGGUGACCUCACCGUGGCGCGCACACGCCCGGUUCCUUCCCUGCCACCCCACCCCACCCGACGAGUGACCCGCCCUCCAAAUGGUCCCGCAGCUCACGCCCCUUUGUCCUGCCCUCCUCCACCAACUCAGGUGCCCAACCAGGUCGCAGAUGGGUGGCACGUGGGCUAGGAUGGUAGGUGACAUUGCGCUUGGAUUCCUUGAGUUUAGAAAGGAAAAAAAAAAAGAAACAGCCAUUGAUCUGAGAUGGCUCAUAGGUUUCCUUAGGGGAUAAGCAGCAGCUCUCCCCAGCCUCCAGCGCCCACCCCACACACCAGCUGCUUCUGCAUCAGCCUGGUCCCCAUCACAGCCAGAGGUGCCCGGGCUGCUAAGUCUGUCCCCAGCUCUUCCUGUCCUGAUGCUCAGCCCUGGCGGCUGCCUGUGUGUCCUUUUGCAACAAGGGCCACCACGCUGAUAGACAUCUCUGUCUGUGUGCCUGUGUGUGUGUGUGUGUGUGUCCCCCAGAUGGUCACCAUGGGCCAGUGCUACCAGAAUGAGACCAUCAGCUUUUUCUACAACAACAGUGGUAAGGAGCUCAGCUCUCACUGGCGUCCCAAAGAUGUAGUGGUGGUGACGCUGGGGCUGACUGUCAGCGUGCUGGUCCUGCUCACCAACCUGCUGGUGAUUGCGGCCAUCGCCUCCAACCGCCGUUUCCACCAGCCCAUUUACUACCUGCUGGGCAACCUGGCCGCGGCCGACCUCUUCGCCGGUGCUUACCUCUUCCUCAUGUUCCACACGGGCCCACGCACCGCCCGGCUGUCGCUCAACGGCUGGUUCCUGCGCCAGGGCCUGCUGGACACCAGCCUCACGGCGUCGAUGGCCACCCUGCUGGCCAUCGCCGUGGAGCGGCACCGCAGUGUGAUGGCCGUGCAGCUGCACAGCCGCCUGCCCCGCGGCCGGGUGGUCGCGCUCAUCGUGGUGGUGUGGGUGGCCGCCCUGGGCCUGGGGCUGCUGCCCGCACACUUCUGGCACUGUCUCUGUGCCCUGGACCGCUGCUCCCGCAUGGCGCCACUGCUCAGCCGCUCCUACCUGGCCGUGUGGGCCCUGUCCAGCCUGCUGGUCUUUGUGCUCAUGGUAGCUGUCUACACCCGCAUUUUCUUCUACGUGCGAAGACGGGUACAGCGGAUGGCCGAGCAUGUCAGCUGCCACCCCCGCUACCGGGAGACCACUCUCAGCCUGGUCAAGACCGUCGUCAUCAUCCUGGGGGCGUUCGUGGUCUGCUGGACUCCAGGCCAGGUGGUACUGCUGCUGGAUGGGCUGGACUGCAAGUCCUGCAAUGUCCUGGCUGUGGAGAAAUAUUUCCUGCUCUUGGCUGAGUCCAACUCGCUGGUGAAUGCCGUGGUGUACUCCUGCCGCGACGCCGAGAUGCGACGUACCUUCCGCCGUCUCCUCUGCUGCCUGUGCCUCCGCUGGUCCCCGCACAAGGCUGCCCGCUACCCAUCCUCCACCCAGACAGGCACCAGCACUCGAAUCAUCCUUCCCGAGAACGGCCACCCCUUGAUGGACUCCACCCUCUAGCGACCUUGGCCUUCUGCAGGGGACAGCAAAGCACCGGGUCUGCUGGCCCAGCCACUGGGACAGACUUGAGGCAGACCCAUGGUCUGGCAUGGCCCGGCUACGC